AGGGCCCAAGAGUCUUGUCUUGUUUCUUGGCGUGUUCUCACAGCAUUCGAUUUCUCCUUAAAUGACUGGAUUCCUGGACAGUGGUUUGACAAGGAGGAGCAUGAUCAGCUUAGGGAAGACCUACUGAUGCCAAACUAACUUAAUCUUCUUAUUUUCUCUCUCUUGUUCUUUUUCUCUAUGUCUCUGUCUCUGUCUCUCUCUUUUUGCGAUAGGAUUUCUCUGUAUAGCCCUGGCUAUCCUGUAAUUCACUCUAGCGUCAACGUCACAGCAGUCCUUCUGCCUCUGCCUCAUGAGUGCUGGGGUUAAAGGAGUGCACAAUCACUAACUGGCAAUGCCAGCUAUUUUUCCAUCAUCUUUCCAUCCCAGGUUGUCACCCUGGAACCUCUCGUUUGGGGACCUUAAUUUUGGGCAUUUCCAGUCUCAGAUUAAGCUGGUUUAGUCUUUUUAUUUUUAAAUUUAUUUUAUUUUAUUUUUUUUAACAUUUAUUAUGUCUACAUCAUACAGCUUUCUGCCUACAUGUAUGCCUGCAGGCCAGAAAAGGGCACCAGAUCUGAUUAUACAUGGUUGUAAGCCACCAUGUGGUUGCUGGGAAUUGAACUCAGGACCUCUGGAAGAGCAGACAGUGCUCUUAACCACUGAGCCAUCUCUCCAGCGGGGGGGCCCCCCCCCCUUUAAAACUUAUUUUAUUUAUAUAAGUACACUGUAGCUGUUUUCAGACACACCAGAAGAGGGCAUCAGAUCACAUUACAGAUGGCUGUGAGUCACCAUGUGGUUGCUGGGAUUUGAACUCAUGAUCUCUGGAGGAGCACUCAGUGCUCUUAACCACUGAGCCAUCUCUUUAGCCCUGGUUUAAACUUUUAAUGCCCUCCCUCCACCUCCCAAAAGGUGGCAUGAAAGGCCAUUGCCACCACAGAAGGCUGGGAAAGUUAAUAUUUGGCCAACAGUGUAUAGCUGAGAGAGAAGCGAGCAAUCCUAAGUGUGCCUUAUUGGAAUUGCUGAUGCCUGGUGAAUAUCAAGUUCGGUGGCUUAAAUUUGACCUGAAUGGGCUGGGUGUCGUUUCAUUUGUGAGCAGGAGGAUCACACAGUGCACAAAGUAACCAUCUGUGUGUACUAGACACCCUAUGCCUACCCGAAUAAGUGCCUACUGUGUGCAGAAAUAGUGCAGCGACGACUUUGCAGUGGGGGCGCAAGUUGUACAGUCAAUCUCUGCAGGUCCGUGCCUGGUGGGGAGCCCAAGGCUGGGAAUCACUGUGUUAAAUCCCUGAAAGCCACUCUGUCUCUAAGGCAAAUCUCCUGUCACUCAGGCGUCACUAGCCAAUCAGGGCCUCGAGGCGGGCUUGCAAUCAGAGUGGAGGCGGAAACUUCCGGUCCGCCAUUGGCCCGUUUGACUGCGAGUCUGAGGAAGGCUCUAGUGUGUCCCGUGCGUUGCGCUGAGUCUGGCUGCUGGGAGCUGUGAGGAGAGCGGGCGAGCUGGGAAUCCGCGCCAUGGUGAGUGGGGCCGCCGUUCCCACACGGGGAGGAUCCGCUGGAGCCCGUGUGAGAUUGACCGGGGUGCGGGAACCGGCGGUGAGACGCAGCGCCCGGUGUGACUCCGUUUGUUCCCGGAGUCUCUGCCCCUCCUAGGCGGAAGCGGAACCUCUCGACGACUUAGUUCCCCUGACUGCGCCUGCGCGUAGCCUGGGAGGCGGGAAUUGGUGCUUGGAAAGUGUUUACGUCACGUUCAGCGCUCACGCACGCGUUGCUUUCGUCAUCAGGAUAGGUGGAUUGCUGACUGGCGGAGCUCUAGUUUCUCUGGUGUCUUCUAGAAGUUCUUCCCAUGGCCCUUGACAUUGAGGUGUAGGAUCCGUCUGCAGUUAACUCUGCGCAGGUGUAAAGUCUGCCUUAUUAACACAGUCGCAUGUAGAUGCCGCGGGAGUCCAGUCACGUGUGUCAGGAAGGCCAGCCUCACUGUUUCCUGGCUCAAGUUGGCGAAAUUGACCCAAUAUUAAUUAUGAUUUUGUUCUGAGUGCUCUCAUGUCUGCUGAUCUCUAUUCUUUCUCAACAGCACAGUCUUAUUGCAGGUGUAGGGGAGUUUUGAAGUCAGAUGGUGCCACUGUGCUGUCUGUUCAGUCUCGUGUUGCUCAUGUUUUCGUUCAUGAUUACCUUUUGUCAUCGGUUUUCUGUUGUUCUUUGCAGAAAUUGUUAGACUGUUUUUUGGAUGUUUCUUAGCUCAGAUGUGUACUGAAAUAAUACUGAGACUUCUUGUCUACAAUCUUGCAGUUCCUCUCCUUUGAUUGAGUUCCUUGCUUCUUUAAAUUACAAUGUUACAGAUUUGGCUACAGGUAUUUGUCCCAUUUCUGUAUAUUUCUGGCUACUUUAUCAAUGGUGAUGUAUAAGAGAUAUGGAGGUCCAUAUUUUCAGUUUACCAACUUUAUUUCCUAUGCAUGAGUGUUUUGCCUCCAUGUAUGUGUGUUCAUCCGUUGAGUGUUUGGCACCCGUAGAAGACAGAAGAGGCCAUUAGAUGUCCUCUACCGGGAUCUGGGGAUAACUUUGUGCUACCAUGCUAAUGCUGGCAAAGAAACCCAGGUCUUCUGCAAGAGCAGUAUGUGGUCUUUACUGCUGAGCCAUGUGUCCAGUCCUAAUCUUGACAGACUUUCAAACUUUACCGAGUGUGUACACACAUACACACAGUGAGAUCUGAGUGUUCAGGUAACUGAGGUGUGCACAAAGGUCUGUCUUUUAUUGAUGGAGAUGACUCGGAGGCAUACUGGUUGGGUUUGGUUAGCCUGACACAGCAGAGCAGACUGGCCUGUGGAUAAAUGCAUAGGGUAUUUUCUUGACUAAUGCUUGAUGUAAUAAAUGCCCAUCUCAUGCUUAUUGGUGCCACCCUGGGCAGGUGGUUUUGAGUUGUAUCGGAAAACAAUUUCAGCCAUGAGAUCAGUGCAACAGCUUAGUCAAAGUUCUGCUGCGAAGAGACACCAUGAACAUUGUAGUUGGUACCAUUUGUAAAUUGUCCUUGCCUGACCUCCCAAAAAUAAUGACUCAGACUUUAUUAUUCAUGAGUAAAUGAUUAGGCCGUAAGAUUUGUCUCAUUCCUUGACUAGCUGGUAACUUAAUUAUCCUAUUCAUUUUAUUCUACGAGUGCCACAUGGCUUGUUACCUCUCUUCAAUUUUCUGGGAGCAUUUUUCUCAUAGUUUGUGGUGAAUCUCUUCCUCUGACUCUCCCAGAAUCCUCCAUGCCACUAGAACUCCAACCUCCCAUUUCUUGCCUCAGCUAAUAGUUGAAUCAGUUUUUUAUUGGCAGGUGAUGCUUCUACAGUGCAAAGUGAGCCCCUUGCAGGCCAUGGGAGCUCAUGUAAAGGAACUAUUGCUACCAUCUCAGAGGAUUAGUCCAUUGCCUUCACUGUGGGGAGUAUGGUGGCACACAGGCAGACACUCUGUGACUGGUCUCAGUCCACAUCAGCAGGCAGCAAGAACAGAGACACUAGGCCUGGCUUGAGUCUAGUGUGAGUUGUGUAAUUUUGAUUUCUUUUCAAAUAUACAGAAAGGUGGGGAUAUGGGACUGCUUCACAGUAGGUGUCUAGGAUUGCCUCAUGGGCUAGCAGGGGUGUGGUCUUGGCAGCAGCAGACAGUUUCCGUCUGGAAAGACAUAAAUGCUAGGGCCUCCAGAGGUGCAUGGCUGCUUGAUGCUUGGUUACAGUGUAUCACAGUUGGCCAAGUAGUUGAGCACCAAGAGAUGAUUAGAAGAAAGUAGAUAUUCUGAUUCUGAAGAUCAAAGAACGUGCUCCAAAGAAUCUGAUGCCCCAGUCAGCAGAAAGUAGCCUAUCGCUAAUGACGCCCUUUCCCCUCUGUCCUUUCUCUCCUAAGGGAAAUGACUCCCUUUCCCCUCUAUCCUUCUUUCUCUCCUAAGGGAAAUGACUCCCUUUCUCCCAUCCUCCUUUCUCUCCUAACAGAGAUGACUCCCUUUCCCCUCUGUCCUUCCUUCUCUCCUAAGGGAAAUGACUCCCUUUCCCCUCUGUCCUUCUUUCUCUCCUAAGGGAAAUGACUCCCUUUCUCCCGUCCUCCUUUCUCUCCUAACGGAAAUAACUCCCUUUCCCCUCUGUUCUUCUUUCUCUCCUAAUGGAAAUGACUCCUUUUCACCUCUGUCCUUCUUUCUCUCUUAAUGGAAAUGACUCCCUUUCAUCCUCUGUCCUUUCUCUCCCCUCUAAUGUUCUGGGUUGAAAGGGAAGCAAAGAGGUGGAGAAGGGUGGAAGCCAGAAAAGAACCUACAAAGUAGCAAAGACUGGCUACACCCGAGCAUCCCAUCCCCCUGAUAUACUUCCUCCAACAAGGCCACACCUACUCCAGUAAGCUAAAGGUCCUAGUCGAUGUAUUCAACCCCCCCACAGGGAGUAAGUGGCAUUUACUGGCUUGACAGCAAAUAUGAAAUGCAGAAGCCUCUGGUUUAUAGUAAUUUAAGAGCAAAAUCUGUUGGCCAGAGCUGGGAACUUGUUAUUAUAAAGACAUUUUUCUUUACUAAUCUGUAAGUGUGUGGUGUGUUUUCACAUUGGGCAGGCACAUUAAUUUCAGAACAGCUUCACUUCUAGGCUUUCAGAAAUAUAUCUUUACACUAAGGUCUCCCAUGUUGACUCAGUUUUCCUUCAUCCCACUGUGUGGCUACCCAGGCCUUACUGCCUUUCUGAGCCAAUCUCCUCAAUUUUUGGGUUAAUGGUUUGUAGCACCACACAGUUCUAAAAAAAUAUCUAUGUGACUCAUGUAGUGAGCUGUCCCUAUCAGUAACAGGAAAAGAGUUGUGUGUGGAGCAUGGCUUCUCCCUUGAGACCAGAAUAGAAGGAAAGAAAAGUUUACUGUGUGUACAGUGCAGGGGAAACAGUCUAGGCAAGAGCUGGGUUACAGUUGGGCUUGUGUAAGUCAGUGAGCUACAGGGGUCUGAAAUGGCAGGUGAGUGGCUUUCUGCAAACUUUCCCAGCAUGCAUUUGUAGGGCUCUGGCGCCUGGCGCUCUACACAGCCAUCUUUUGCCCGGCUAGGUGCUCAGGUUUGGGCGAGGGAAGAGAGAACUCGGGCAGGGAGGGGGAGCAGCUUUUGGUGCCCCCAGCUGCCAGGCCUGCUCCUUUGCAGUGCUGCUCACCAUCUCAGUAGCUCAAGCUGGGCUGAACCAGCAGGAGGCUGACUAGCCGGCGAGGGGUGCAGAGGAGCUUCUGGCUGUGAUUUUGGGGAGAGCAGAUCUUUUCCCUAGGCGGCGGUGUUACAGCUCUUAUGACAGAAGCUCUCGUAUGAUGGAAUAAUUCCAGCCACCUUUAAUUCUGAACACAACAGUUAAAUAGUUUUUUGGGUGGGUAAGACCUCAUCUACAUAUCCGGGGGCAUGGUCCUGUUUCUAUGACUGCUCUGUCUUGAGCCUAUAUAACCUGUGGUCACAUCCCCACCUGUGGAGGAGGGGCUUGGGUCAUUGCUCUUCGUGACUGGUCUGUCUCAAACCUCUCUACAGAGGUUUGUGGGGACUGCGGUUAGUGAGGCACUGAUCUGGGAGACUGGGAAUACACCUGCCGUCCCUUUUAGGGUUCCCCGGGGAUUAAACCUGUCUCGACCAGGAACCAGGGUACCUUUCACUGCCCGCUGCCCCACAUGCAUUAAUUUAUACUGUAUGAAUGAAGGCAAACCAAAUUGGUGGGUGUACAAUUUGGGGAGGUUCCCUUGGGCCAAUGAAAUUUCCAACUGGGCACCUCUCAUUGGGUGAGUGCAAGCCCGGUUGGGUCUCUUUGGUGUGGUGAGAGACGCAGGGCAUUUGGUUUUGGUUUGUGUGUCAGCUUCCAGCACUCAGCAGCUAACAUUUUACACAUGGCCGUUCAUAGUCUCUAAUUGAUGGCAUUCCCUCUACCAGGAGAGAACUGUUUUAAAGUCAGUAUACCCGAGUGUUCUUUAGGCUUCUAACAAUCGCUCUCAAAAGCCAAGUUUUGACAUCUGGCUUAGUGUGGUGGUUUGAGUAGGCCUGGCUCCCAUAGGUAAUGUGUUUGAAUGCUUGGCUCAUAGGGAGAGGCACUUUAAGAGGGGUAGCCUCAUUGGAAGAAGUGUGUCCCUGUGGUGGCAGGUUUUGAGGUCUUUUGUCUGUACAAGUCCGGCCAGUGUGACAUAGUCCCCCUCUUCUUCUCACUGCAAAUCAAGACCUAGAACAAUCAGGUUCUUUUCCUGCACCACAUCUGCCUGGAUGCUGCCAUCUCCUUGCCAAGAUGAUGAUGGACUAAAUUUCUGGAACUGUAAGCCAUCCCCAAUUAGACGUUUUGUUUCAUAAGAGUUGCCAUGAUGUCGCUUCACAGCAAUGGAAACGCUAACUAAGACACUUAGUGUUUUAUUGCUAUGAAGAGACAACACAUGGGAACUCUUAUAAAGGGAUGCAUUUAAUUGAGGCUUGUUUAUAGUCAUAGAGGAUGAUUUCAUUGUCAGCCUGGUGAGGAGCAUGGCGGCAUAGAGGCACUCAGUGUAGUUGGGGGUUCUACUUCUGGAUCUACUGCAGAUCUACUUCUGCAGGCAUCAGGAGGAGAGAAAGCCACUGGGUCUGCCUUGGGUCCCUGAAACCUCAAAGUACACACACUUCCUUCUAUAAGACCACACCUCUUUCUCCUUCUCAAGCAUUGGCACUCCCUCAUGACCAAGCAUUCAGACAUGAUGGGAGUCUUUCUUAUCCAAUCCUCCACAUUCCACUUCCUGGCUCCCUUAGGCUGGUGACCACAUCAGAAUGCAAAGUGGACUCAAUAUUGAGAGGACUGAAUUAACCAGAGCCAGGCCGAUUCCUUGACAGGCUGCAGACUGAUAGUUCAGGAGAGUCGGCCUAAGUCGCCAUUUCCCAGAAAUGAAAAUCUGGAUCCAGGAACCUGUGGUCAGCCUUCCACAGCCACAGGCAGCCAAUCCGAGGAUGCCUCGUCCUCUGGCCUGCAGCGAGGAUGAGUAAGCACCCCCUGGGAAGUCUCCAGAGCCUAACCGACUAAUGGAACCAGUCAGACCCCGAGAAUAGAGCUAACCAGUCAAGGUCCAAGGCACACUCCUCCCUGGAUGCUCCCUGACUGACAGUAAAAGCUGGGCCUGAGAGUCCACCGGGGUCUUCAUUCCUGAAUGCAGAGACCCCUGCAUGGAGGAAAUUCUGCUGAGUAAACUGCUUUUGCAAACUACUGAAGUCUGGGGUAUCAUUCUCCUUUUUUUCUCUCACCUACCAUGACAUGUUUAUUAGUGUGUGAACAAUCCAAAAUUACAAUAUUAAUACAAGUUAUGAUUAUAUACUAAUACAAAAAAUAGAUUAUUGGUUUAUUUGGUUAGACAUAUAGUUUUCUGGCCUAAUGAUAGCUUUCUAGAAUCUACCAGCUUAUACGGUUACAGUGGUUUCUUCGAAUUCCUGCUCCUUCAGAUGCCCAUUGUUUGUCAUUUUCAGUGUCCCCUCUUCCCUCAUUUGGGAUCAAACAAGAAUGCUUGGUAAUGCUGGGACUCUAAGUUUCACACCAAACAAAGCAAACACCACAGUCUGGGGUAUCAUUCUUUGCUGAUUCUCUGACCCUUACAAUAUAACUUCAAAAAUUCCAAAGUGUCUCCUGAGGUUCAUGAAAUCUCUCAAUUGUAAUCUUUGUAAAUUCAAAAUAAAAAAGCAGUCCCAUAUUUCCAACAUGCGAUGGCACAGGAUAUACAUUACCAUUCCAAAAGAGGAAAGGGAACACAGUGUGCGUUAGACCAAAGUAAGACCAAAACCAGCUGAGCAAACCCCACUGUCUGCUUGUCCAUGUCUGAUGUCAGAGCGCUCUUAAGAUCACAAACUUCUUUCAGGCUUGUUUAUUACAACAUCUGUUUUAUGCCGGUUUCAUUCCCUGUUGCGGUCCUCAGGGCAAUUGAGGUUUCAUUUUUCCAGCUUCAUGCAAUGGCCUCUCUGAGCCUCCAUGCAAAGAUACCCUUGACAUAGGUCUGUUCUCAGAGGCUUUUCUUAGUCAUGGAGAGAAAUCCCAUAAUCCCUUGUAUCCUUGACUUGAAAAUUAGAACCAUGUGGCUAAAGCUGCCAGGUUCUGCUGCUUGCUGGUGACAGAACUUCUUCCUUUUCUUUAGUUCCUUUUGUAUUAGCUUUCUCUUGUUAAUGUUUUUUUUUUUUUUGGUUCUUUUUUUUCGGAGCUGGGGACCGAACCCAGGGCCUUGCGCUUCCUAGGUAAGCGCUCUACCACUGAGCUAAAUCCCCAACCCCUUGUUAAUGUUUUUUUUUUCACUGCCUAAGCUUUUCUUUAAUUCCUUUUUUGCAAAUUAGGUGGGAUCUUGACCUGAAGUAACCACUCCCUUUAUUCCGUUUACCAUCAGACUUUUCAUUAAACUAUUCAUCUGAUUGUGCCUUGACUUAUGUCCAUUGUACAUCCUGUUGCUCCUUUUCUCCUCAAAUUAUACAUUUUAUUUCUUUCCUUGCUCCUUUUCAUUAUAAAUCUGCAUAAGAGGAACUGUCAGUAACCGCUAGUAACCGUAUGAGAGAGAGCCAGUACUUGGCUGUAUUGAAAUCUCCUCUGCUAGUGCCUUUAAUCCAAAGUCUUCACUUUAGCUUCAUGUGGAUUUUUUUGUUUGAACAAGGUUAGAAAGCAGCCACAUUAUUCACCAAAACAUCGCAAGAAUGGUCUUUAGGCCAUCCUAAUAUAUCGUGCUCAGCCCUACUGCCUUCCGUGACUCAUGGCUCAGAUUGGAAGUCCAGUCCUACCUCUUUCCUCUGCUGAGGAAAGGCUGUUCAACCUUUUAUUAACCAAUCAAAGAUAAUUAGGGAACAUUCUUUAAUGUUGAUACAGGGAUGGUCCAAUUGUCAUGACAAAGUGUCCAGAUUGUAACCAGAUCUUGGGGCAAAGAAAUGAGCAGGUAAAUACACAAUGCACAAAGCCCUCCUCCAGCAAGCAUACUCUGACCUUUCAGAGAAAUGCCCUCCUUCCUGGUACCAGCGUCCAUCUUUUUUUUUUUUAAAGAUUUAUUUAUUUAUUAUAUGUAAGUACACUGUAGCUGUCUUCAGAUACACCAGAAGAGGGCAUCAGAUCUUAUUACAGAUGGUUGUGAGCCACCAUGUGGUUGCUGGGAAUUGAACUCAUGACCUCUGGAAGAGCAGUCGGGCGCUCUUAACCGCUGAGCCAUCUCUCCAGCCCCCCCCAGCUUCCAUCUUAAUCAGUAUUUUAUUGCUGUGAAGAGAUACCGUGACCAUAGCAAGUCUUACAGAGAAAAACAGUCGAGGCUUGCUGACCCUUUCAGAGAUUCAAUCUGUAAAGCUUAGAGUGAGUCUCAACUACCGGGAGACGCCCCCCCCCCCCCCGUACCCCCAAGUGGACACAAGGACUGAGUUUGAUGCAAAUGCAAGAGGUUUAUUUUUCCAGAGCAUUGGGGUCAACCCUCAAUCAGCCCCUCAUGGCAAGUGACUAGAAGGCGACCCUGAAUGGCUAUAACAAGCCAUUAUACUUUUUAAGGGUACAGGUUGCAUCAGCAAGGUUACAGUUUAAACUUACUGGCUAAGCAUAUUGACCUUUGGAUCUAUUGACUAGCAAGCAUGUGACAUGCGUUUGAACUCUAUCUGGGACCAGAGGGUCAGGUGACUCUCAGUCAGUACAUUCUGCGGUUUUUCAAGAAUAUCCCUGCUCUUCCGGAGAACUGUGGGUGGAGAAUGGAACUUGGUCUAGCCUUGGCCCGAGGUAGGAAGCUGGUACUUGGCCUAAUCUUGAUCUGAGGUGGUGGGUGUAAGGCUGGUGAAAGGGUCCUUCAUUCUCCCCUUCUCCCCUUUUCCUUGUACAAGCUCCAAUCUUGGAGCUAUGCUCAGGGUCUCUGGUGACUAAUUCAUCUUCUUUAGGUCCUAUCCUCAGGGUCUCAUAUUGUUGGUGUAGGAACAUCAGCUGUACAGCACCUGUUCUCUCUUUUAUGGAGGCUAUCAGCUUGUUCAAUAUGUAGGGUCCAAAGGUCAACAAUAGCAGAACACUUAGGAGUCUUAGCAAGGUGGAUGAGGGUGGUUAGCCAGGGGAUGAGUUAAACCGAGCUUUGAACCAGCCCUGACUGUUCUCUCUCUCCCGUUUGGCUACCUCUUCUCUCACCUUGGCCAUCAUCCCACAGUUUGUACAACCUGAGUCCCCACGUUUUUCUCUUUAGCCAUCUUGUUGCCUCUUUGCCUUUCUGAGUGAAUCUGAUUAUAAUUGGGCUAUAGGUGGCGUUUGCGUGGACGGUAUCCUAAUGCUCUCGGUCUCCGAUCUGAGCUCCCAUUUUGGAGAGCAAAUCUCUCCUGAGCAAGGACUAGGGCAGUCAGGGACACCAUGAACUAGUGGGAUACCUGGCCCACACCCAGGUCUACAAUUCUUCGUGUAGUCCAUGAAUACUGUUUAGUCGCAGUGGCCUCUUGGACCCACAGGUUUUUUUGCUGGAGGCUGGCCCAUCAGCUUGGAGGAGGACUGAGUGUUGGGCCCCGGUAUUCACCAAGAAUUGGGUGGAUUUCCUUUCCACUUUCAUGGUUACCCUGGGCUUGGGGAGGGGGUCGAACCCUCUCCCCCCUCGUCGCUGUCUUCCCCCAGGGCUAACACCUUCACCACUUGGGGGUGCUUUUCCCAAGGCCUGGGAUUUCCUGCCCCCAGCUUCUGUUUGUUGGGAAACUCUCAGGCCCAGUGGCCCCUCUCCUUGUAAUAUGCACGCUGGUCCUUUCAAGGGGUUUUCUGUCCCUCUUUGGUUGGAGUCUCUCUUUUCUGCUUUUCCUAAGUACUGUAGUCAAGAUUCUCUGUAAAUUCUUUUCUGUCGAUUUUCUUUUUUCAUCUCCUUUUCAUCUUCUUUUCUCUUUCUCUGCUCCUUCUCUGUCUCCUUGUUAUAGUAGAUUUUCUCAGGAACCUGCACUAAAUCCCAUAACGACUUAUCCUGUGGUCCCUCUAACCUCUGAAGCUUUUUCCUGAUUAUUUCUUACAAGCCUGGUCUAUGAAAGCCAAAGUCACAGAAACUUUGUGCUCCUCACUGCUGGGGUCAUAGUGUGUAUAUCGGCAGAAUGCUCCAUGAGCCGCUCUAGAAAGGCUGAGGGCGACUCCUCUGGUCCUUGCUUAACUUCACGUACCUUGGUCAAAUUUGUGGGUCAUCCUGCAACCCCCUUGAGACCUGCCAAUGGAGUCUGGUGAUAGACCUUCAGGUGCUCCUUACCUCCUGCCAUAUUAAAUCCCAGUCAGGUCUAGUCAGGGAAGAUCCACUGUUGAUGACCUCCUGGUCAAUCGAUGGUGCCCCCGUGUCUGAGGGGACAUUCUCUCUGGCUUCCUGCAUCAUCCUCUCUCGCUCUCUGGUCAUGAAGAGCACUCUCAUGAGUGGUUGGAUAUCGUCCCAGGAGGGCUGAGGAGUUACUAAAAUAGUCUGUGAUUAAUCAGCCCCUCGGGGUUACCUGAAAAGAGGGGUGGGUGUUGGCCUUCCAGUUGUACAAGUCGGCUGAAAAGAAAGGUCAACAUUGCAUGGCCUGAUAGCAAUCCUCAUCUGUGGGCCUGUAGGCUGGGGGGGCGGGGAGGGCCACUGUUAUAUCAAGUGAAGUGGACCUUUUGUUCCAGGUCCCCAUGGUCAGUCCCAGUUCUGAGCGUCCUUCCCCAUGCUCCCUCCUUGCUGGGACCAGAGGAAGGGAGCCAGGUAACAGGAUGUUGGAUGAGGGCUCAAGGGAGAUACUUGAGCGGGGCCGUGGGAACUGGGGCCAUGGCAGUGGGUAAGGGGGUGGAGGAUCCAUCAGCAGCAGAUCCACUGUGGAAGGGUCCUGGAGGAUGUUGUUCUUUACAGACUCGUUGGUCUCAACAGGUUCUUCUCCUUUGUGGCCAGGACCUGCGAGAUCUCGGAGACAAAAAUACUUUUAUCCAUGUGUGAGUGUGUGUGCGUGUGUGCGUGUGUGUGUGUGUGUGUGUGUGUGUGUGUUCUCCAGCUUUUAUCCAAGAGGGGGUGAGGGGUCCUCCACUAGAUCCUUCCAGGUAACUAUAUAGGGUACUUGGUCUGGGUGCCCAAGGGAUCCUGGUCUAAAGACUUUCCUUUACUGCUGUGAUCACCUGCAAAUCAAGGGUCCUUACAGGUGGCCACCCUACUCUGAAGGUGGGCCACUUGGAGGAGCAGAGAGUAACUAACCUGCUCUUCUUUACUACUACUGACAAGUUUUCUCCUCCUUCCCCAACUUCCCUCCAGUGGUUAACUAGGAUGUUUAAUAGGGCAGAUUCAGUCUGUCCCAUGUCCAAAAAUGGCGUCAGUGGAAGUCUUAACUCCAAGAACACAGAGAAAGACCAUCAACACAUAGACAUCUCACCCCUGCCACAGGCACAGAAACCAGGUAAUCAGGCGACUUGGCCAACAUGCACUGGUAUUGAGUCUUAAUAGGUUCCGAAAGGAGCGGAAUCCUCCCGACUCCCUCCAUGCAGGUGGGCUUGAGUCCUCCAGACUCCUGGUGUCACGACCUUAAGGCACGUCUGCCAGCUGCAGUUUGACGGAACCAGACCAGAGGCCCUCUAAGACUUACAGAUGCUCACAAGCAAAGCAAGACAGACAACAGAUACAGACAGCGCGGAUACAGACAGCCCUGGUACCUGACAUCAAGCUGGAGCUGUUCCUCUAACCACCAUUCCUCAUGACCUCAUAGGGGGUCUGGCUUCCCGACCCAUGCACCAAUGUAAGGCUCAAAGAUGCAGUGACCUAUGAGGAUGUGCAUGUGAACUUCUCUCCAGAAGAGUGGGCUUUGUUGGAUCCUUCCCAGAAGAGUCUCUACAAAGAUGUGAUGGUAGAAACAUGCAGGAACCUCACUGCUAUAGGCUACAAAUUGGAAGACAGCAACAUUGAAGAACACUGUCAACGUUCUAGAGGACCCAGAAGGUAUAACAUUUGUCAUUGUGGAUAUGAGCCUUGCGAGCACUGGGGACAUGGCAAGAAGCAAUGUACCUUUGCACAUAAGAGUUUUCUUCAGACAUAUGAAAGAAUCAAUACGGAAGAGAAGCCCUAUAAAUGCAGUCAAUGCAGUAAAGCCUUUGCAAACUUCCGUAGUCUUCAAAAACAUGAAAAAAAUCAUACUAGAGAAAAGCCCUAUGAAUGUAGUCACUGUGGUAAAGCCUUCCCGAGUCGCAGUUCUCUUCAAAUACAUGAAAGAACUCACACGGGAGAGAAGCCUUUUGAUUGCAGUGAAUGUGGUAAAGCAUUUGCACGUCACAGCAAUCUUGAUAUACACAAAAGAACUCACACAGGAGAGAAACCCUAUGACUGCAAUGAAUGUGGUAAAGCCUUUUCAACUCGCAGUCAUCUUCAAAUACAUGAAAUACUUCACACUGGAGAGAAACCCUAUGUAUGUAAUCAGUGUGGUAAAGCCUUUGCAUAUCGCAGUAAUCUUGAAGCACAUGAUAAAACACACACUGGAGAGAAGCCCUAUGAGUGUAAUCAGUGUGGCAAUGCCUAUGCAAGCCGUAGUAGUCUUCGAAAUCAUGAAAAACAUCAUACCGGAGAGAAGCUCUAUGGAUGUAAUGAAUGUGGUAGAGCCUUUGCACGGCGCAGCAGUCUUGAAAUACAUGAAAGAACUCACACUGGAGAGAAACCUUAUGUAUGUAAUCAAUGCGGUAAAGCUUUUGCACGUCGUAGCAGUCUUCAGAUACAUGAAAGAACUCACACUGGAGAGAAACCCUAUGGAUGUAAUCAGUGUGGUAAAGCCUUUGCAAGUCGUACUAGUCUUCAAAAUCAUGAAAAACAUCAUACUGGAGAGAAACCGUAUGGAUGUAACCAAUGUGGUAAAGCCUUUGAAUUAAAGUGUGAUCUUCAAAUACAUGAAAGAACUCAUACUGGAGAGAAACCGUACAGAUGUAAUCAAUGUGGUAAAGCCUUUGUAAGUCGUCGUUAUCUUCGAAAUCAUGAAAAACACCAUACUCUUGAGAAACUCUAUGAUUGUAGUCAAUGUGGUAAAUCCUUUGCAAUUUUCAGGUAUCUUCAAAAACACAAAAAAACUCACACUGGAGAGAAACCAUAUAAGUGCACUCAUUGUGGUAAAGCCUUCGCCUAUCGCAGUAAUCUUUAUAGACAUGAAAGAAGUCAUACUGGAGAGAAACUGUAUGAAUGUAAUGAAUGUGGUCAAGCCUUUGCGUAUUACACUAGUCUUCAUAAUCACAGAAAGCGUCAUAUGGGAGAGAACCCCCACGAGUGUAACUGAUGCAGUAAAGCUUUGUCACAUCAGCGUAAUCUUCAGUUCAUCACAGAACUCACACUGGAGAGAAACCCUAUGAUGAAGUCAGUGCGAUAAUGCCUCUGCAUCUUAGAGUCUUCUUCAAAGGCAUGAAAGAAUUCCUAUGGAGAGCAACACCAUGGAUCUAAUACAUGCAGUAAGGGCUUGAACACCAAGCACUUUUCUUUUGGUCACUAAGCCAUCUCACUGGUGCUCAUGUAUAAUUAAUAGAACCAUUUCAUCAUUAAAAUAUUGUCUUGUUUUCAAGUUGCAUACAACUUAUCAUCCAAGGAUAGAGGAACAUACAAUAGUUGAAUAAUAAAACUUUUUGCAAAUGAAAA